UGAUGAAGUAUAUCACAAAAAACAUCUGCUUUUUAUUUUUAACAUUUGCGAUCAGAAUAUAAACUCUGCAAGCAUGCAAAAGAUGGAAAAAUCACGUCCAGUUUGGGAUAAUCCUUUACAGUUUGUGUUUGCUUGCAUAUCCUAUGCUGUCGGUUUAGGAAAUGUUUGGAGAUUUCCUUACUUAUGUCAAAUGUAUGGAGGAGGGGGUUUUUUGAUUCCAUACAUAAUUAUGCUCUUUGUUGAAGGAAUGCCUUUGUUAUAUUUGGAAUUAGCUGUUGGUCAGCACAUGCGUCAAGGAAGUAUAGGAGCAUGGAAAACCAUAAGCCCUUACCUCAGUGGAGUUGGAAUUGCCAGUAUAAUCGUGUCAUUUUUCCUAUGUAUAUAUUACAAUGUUAUAAAUGCCUGGGCUUUCUGGUACCUGUUUCAUUCAUUCCAGAGCCCAUUGCCAUGGUCUGAUUGUCCACUGAAUAUCAAUAUGUCUGGUUUUCUUGAAGAGUGUGAAAAGAGCUCUUCCACACAAUACUUUUGGUAUAGAGAAACCAUAAAUAUAUCACCAUCCAUUUCAGACAGUGGAACAAUCCAAUGGAAGCAGGCUGUUUGUUUAAUUAUGGCAUGGUUUGUCGUUUAUCUUUGCAUUCUAAAAGGUCCUAAAUCAUCUGGAAAAGUUGUUUAUGUAACAGCAACAGUACCAUAUGUUGUCCUUCUUGUAUACUUGGUCAGAGGGCUAACUUUGCAUGGAGCAGUAAAUGGAUUGACAUAUAUGUUUACUCCAAAGAUGGAACAGCUAGCAAAUCCCAAAGCAUGGAUCAAUGCUGCAACACAGAUUUUUUUUUCACUGGGUCUUGGAUUAGGAAGCCUUAUUGCCUUUGCAAGUUACAAUGAACCCAAUAACAAUUGUGAACGGCAUGCCAUCAUUGUUUCUCUUAUUAACAGUGGCACAUCUAUAUUUGCCAGUGUUGUGACUUUUUCCAUUUAUGGAUUUAAGGCAACUUUUAACUAUGAAAACUGCCUGAGCAAAGUGAUACUUUUGCUAUCGAAUACAUUUGACCUUGAAGAAGGAUAUAUAAAAGCAGAUAACCUUGAAAAUAUGAAAAUAUACCUUAAUGAAACUUUCCAUGAGGAAUAUUCUGCCAUCUUUCACCAAAUAGUAGAUUGCAACCUUGAAACAGAGUUAAGCACGGCUGUUCAAGGAACUGGUCUUGCAUUUAUUGUUUAUACGGAAGCAAUAAAAAAUAUGGAAGUUUCACAGGUUUGGUCGAUCCUUUAUUUUCUGAUGUUACUGAUGCUGGGUAUAGGAAGUAUGUUAGGAAACACGGCUGCAAUUCUUACACCUUUGGCAGACAAUAAAUAUAUAUCCAAACAUUUACCAAAGGAGGCUAUAUCAGGAUUUCUUUGUUUUACCUGUUGCCUUUUUGGGUUGAUUUUUACUAUGGAAUCUGGAAAUUACUGGUUUGAAAUAUUCAAUGACUAUGUUGCCACUCUAUCAUUAAUCCUUAUAGUCUUUGUGGAAAUUAUAGCCAUCUGCUAUGUUUAUGGACUGAACAGGUUUGAAAAUGAUCUUAAAAUAAUGAAUGGAGUUAAACUAGGCCUGUACUGGAAAAUCAUGUGGGGAUUUGUAAGUCCCUUGCUGAUAAUAAGUUUGUUUAUCUUUUACCUUGUGGAUUACAUUAUGGCAGGCACUCUUCAAUAUAAAGCAUGGGAUGCCACUCAGGGGCAACUGGUCACAAAGAAUUAUCCAACUCAUGCAUUGGUUAUCAUUGGACUUCUUGUUGGAGUGUCUAUUUCUUGUAUAUUUUUUGGAGUGCUAAUACAUUUCAUCAACAAGAGGUUAAGAGGAACCUAAACCAUAUUUUGUAUAUUGCGUAAAUAUAUAUUCUAUAUAUGAAUGCGAGUAAAUCAUAGACAUGCAUUUGUUUGAAUUUAUUUUGCUAUUCUUUUAUCAGA